AUGUUAGUUAGAAAAACUUUAGGAUUAGGUAUUUCUUUUUGCAGAUUUGCUUCUGAUUAUUCACAUGCCGUUAUAGGGGCUGGUGUAGUUGGUUUAGCUGUGGCAUCAGAAUUAUCAAAAAUUAAUGGAUCCAGUGUUUUAGUUAUUGAAAAAAAUAAACAAUUUGGUAUGGAAACAAGUAGUAGAAACAGUGAGGUUAUUCAUGCUGGUUUAUACUACCCAAAAGAUUCCUUAAAAGGCAAAUUAUGUAUUGAGGGGAAAAAUAUCAUUUAUAAUGAGCUGAAACCUAGAAUAAGCGGUGUGGAUUGGAUCAAAUGUGGGAAAAUUAUAGUUGCUCAAACUGAUUAUGAUGAUUUUGUCAUUGAAAAUAUGUAUACCAAAUGUAAAGAAGAAUUAGGUGUGCCUGUACAACUAAUUCCAUCUAACAAGAUGCAAUAUCUGGAACCAUCCAUUGUUGCAAAUAGAGGUGGACUGCUAUCUCCAACCACAGGUAUUAUUAAUUCACAUUCCUUAAUGGCUUAUUUAGAGUCAGAAUUGAAAACUAAUGAUGGCGAUAUUAUUUUAAAUACCGAGGUCUUGAAUAUGGACUAUUCUUCAUCCUCUAAAGAAUAUACUGUUUUAUGCAAAGAUGUGCCAUCAAAUGAGGAAAUUGAAAUUACUGUUGAUAACGUUAUUAAUUGUGCUGGCUUAUACAGUGAUAAAGUUGCUAAUAUGCUGCUUCCUUUGGAAAGGCACAAAAGGAUUUAUUAUGGUAAAGGAAAUUAUUUCAAGUUGAAUACAUCUACAGUACCACCUGUAAGACAUUUGAUCUACCCUAUUCCUCCAAAAAACGGGAAAUCGUUAGGUACACAUUUAACUAUUGACCCAGAUUAUAAUAUAAGGUUUGGGCCUGACAUGGAAUACGUUAAUUCUCCCGCUGAUUAUGAAGUCAACACAAGCAAUCUGAAAUAUGCAUAUGAACAAAUAAUAAAUUAUUAUCCUCAUAUAUCUAUGGACCAAUUAGAACCUGCAUACUCAGGCAUUAGGCCUAAAUUACAAGGUCCAGGGGAAAAGGGUUUUGAAGAUUACUAUAUUAAAGAAGAAGAAGGUUUCCCAGGGUUCAUUAAUUUGAUGGGAAUUGAAAGUCCCGGAUUAACCAGCAGCAUUGCAAUUGGAAGGUACAUUAAAUCUAAAUACUUUUAA